CCCGGGAAAGCUGGCUCACAGUUCGAAUUUCCCCUGUGCGAUAUACCACGGACGGUGAGUCUUACGCGCGGUUUUUCGCGAAUACUUUGAAAAUUUUUGAGAAAACUUGGACUGAUCAGCGCACCAUUUUUUCCUGCUGUUAAGAGCAAAAGUGCCCCAAAAUGCAUAAACUGUAGUUUCAAGCGGGUUUUUCAACAGUCCGCAUAAGAAAUGUGGUUAUUUGCAAUGGGCAUUGCUAAUUAGUUUUUUCAAGUGCAAGAUGCUGGAAACCUUAAAAAUCCAGCCAGAAUGCAGGCACUAAUUGAAUAGGAGCAUUUUUUUUGAACAGUUCUUCAAAAGUUCCCAGGUCCGAUGCCUGCUCGAAGGGGGCUUUUGGCGCCCCAAAACACCUUCCUAGACACGAUUGCAACCAGAUUUGAUGGCACACAUAGCAACUUUGUGCUGGGAAACGCCCAAGUGCCCACCCUCUACCCCAUUGUUUAUUGUUCGGACGGUUUUUGCGAGCUGACUGGAUUCACAAGGGCGCAAAUUAUGCAGAAGGCUUGUGCGUGCAAGUUUCUCUUCGGGCCAGAGACAAAAGAGGAACACAAAACGCAAAUUGAUAAAGCGUUGGAAUCCAAGAACGAACUCAAGCUGGAAGUAAUAUUUUAUAAGAAGAAUGGUACUCCCUUUUGGUGCUUGCUCGAUAUUGUGCCAAUAAAAAAUGAGAAACGUGAAGUUGUCCUGUUUUUGGCGUCGCACAAGGACAUCACCAAUACGAAAAUGGCAGAAAUGGCCGAGUGCGAGCUCUACGAUAGUGUUUUCCGUUACUCUUUGCUAUCUGCAGCGGCUGUGCUGGGCGCACGAUUUCGGGGCUCCGCUGACUCUUGCCUGCUUGCAGAAAGGGCUAAUGGAAACCUGGAUGAUCCAGAGGCCCCUCCCGCCAACUAUGGAAGAAGACGGUCCAGAGCUGUUCUCUAUCAGCUCAGUGGCCACUAUAAGCCAGACAAAAUGAAGACGAAAUUGAAACUAAACAAUAACUUGUUGAGUUCAACCCCUCAGCCCCUGCCGGAGUAUAAAACGGCCGCCGUGAAGAAGAGUCGGUUUAUCAUUUCGCAUUAUGGAGUUUUCAAGAAUGCUUGGGAUUGGCUCAUAUUAAUUGCCACAUUUUACGUGGCAGUAGUGGUUCCAUACAAUGCGAGCUUUCUUCGGCCUGAAACCGAACGACCGUCAGUAAUUAUGGACGUUUUCGUUGAAGCCCUGUUUUUUAUAGACAUACUGUUGAACUUUAGGACAACGUUUGUGAACAAAAAAGGCGAAGUUGUUUCCGAUUGGAGGUCCAUUUCUGUGAAUUACUUAAAAACGUGGUUCGUGGUUGACUUGCUGGCAGCUCUCCCAUUCGAUUUGCUCUAUGCGCUCUAUGGAGAAGAGUCUGGACCUUCGCACACUCACCUGAUCAAGCUCACCAGGCUUCUGAGACUGCUGCGACUUUUGCAGAAAAUCGACCGAUAUUCCCAAUAUAGCGCCAUGAUUUUGACCCUGCUUAUGCUCUCCUUCACUCUGGUGGCUCACUGGUUGGCCUGCAUUUGGUAUGUGAUAGCUCAAGAGGAAGUCGAAACUGACUUAGGCUGGAUCAAGGCAUUGGCCGACAGGCUUCGAAUAAAUGAUAUUACGAACGUAUCCAACACUAAUGCGUACGUUACAGCCCUCUAUUUCACAUGCUCAAGUUUAACCAGCGUGGGAUUUGGAAAUGUUAGCGCGAAUACAACCAAUGAGAAAAUAUUCAGUAUUUGCGUGAUGCUGAUUGGAGCUCUAAUGCAUGCAGUAGUGUUCGGUAAUGUAACGGCGAUUAUUCAAAGAAUGUACUCGAGACGAUCGCUUUAUCACACUAAAUGGCGAGAUCUAAAGGAUUUUUUCACGCUCCACCAAAUCCCCAAGGAGCUGAAAAACCGUAUGCAAGAUUACUUUCAAACAAUGUGGUCGCUGAAUCAUGGAAUUGAUAUUCACGAGACGCUGAAGGAGUUUCCUGAAGAGCUACGAGGCGAUGUGUCGAUGCACUUGCAUCGAGAAAUCCUCCAACUCCCAAUCUUCGAAGCUGCUUCCCAAGGAUGCUUGAAGUUGCUGUCUCUUCAUAUCAGGACCAACUUCUGCGCCCCUGGCGAAUAUCUAAUCCAUAUAGGAGACGCUCUCGGUUCAAUUUACUACAUAUGCAAUGGAUCCAUGGAAGUUGUGCAGAAUAAUAUGGUUGUCGCGAUUUUAGGAAAGGGCGAUUUGGUGGGAUCCGACAUCAGCAUGCAUCUUCAACAUUCAUCAAGCAGCAAUCAGGAUGGCGGAAAUCGUGGGGGUGGAAACAUUGAUAUCGUUAUUAAGUCCAGCAGUGAUGUUCGAGCUCUUACCUACUGCGAUUUGAAGUGUAUCCAUAUUCAGGGACUUGUGGAUGUGCUGAGACUUUAUCCAGAAUAUCAGCAGCAGUUUGCCAACGAUAUUCAGCAUGAUCUCACCUUCAACGUCAGGGAAGGCUAUGAAGCGGAGCAAGAAUCCGAAGGAAAUGGAGUACCAUCGUUAACACUGCCCAGCAUUAGUGAAGACGAUGAAAAUCUCCACGAAGGAGAAACGUCCCCAGUGUCCCCCAACAGAUCUCCACUCCUUCAAAUUUCCAGCAGCCCUCGCCAUGCCAAGUUUAACUUGCGAUUGCAAGAAGCUCAGGAAAGUCCAACACGAAGACCGCGACUUGGUGGGGUUGCAACCAAUCAUCUCGCCAUGCUACGGGAAAGAGUGGAGAGGCAGAGAAGCGUCAUUAUGCCACACUCCAAGUAUAGUUCUUGUGACGAAUUGACUGGCAGCAAGAACGAAAGUGAUUCGAGUGGCAACAAGGAAAGCGUGGAAAGGUUGGAUAGCCAGAUAACGACGCUUCAUCAAGAUGUGGCGGCGCUUAGCGUCGAGGUUCGGAAUGCUAUUCAAGCUCUACAUGAUAUGGCCACGCCCUCGUCCGGGCAUGCUUCAGCUCAUUACUCCGCCCAAUCAAACCCCAACAUUGCGGACCUCCAUCACUCAUCGUCUGGUUUAACGCGAAGCAACUCUCAUCCAACAGAGAUGUUUUGUUGGGACGGAGUCCCUCCAGCUCGAGUGGUUUCGACCAUCACUGUAACGGAUAAAGAAACGCAAACAGAUGCACAGGAAAUUCUACGGAACUUUGUUCAGGAAAAUCCGAAGAUCAUUCUAGAAAUUCUGGGCUUGGAUUCGACAAAGAUCCUCAAUAGAGCCAACUUGAAGAAAAGCCACAGCAAUCCGGACUACACGUGUCGCAACGACAGAUAUAACGAAAAGUGUAUAAUAAAUAUGAAUAGUAAAAACGACUGUAGCAUAGUUGUGGAUGAGGAGAGUGAGAAUGAACUUGAGAAUACUCCGUUCUUAUGGAAUCAGCCGUUGCACAAUGGGAGGAGGGUGCAGAUUUUUGAGAAUCUGGGCCGCACGCAAGGCAUUAUUAACUAUAGGCGGAGCAUUGAUAGUUAAAUUUGCUUGCAUUUCUACUGUCAAUGAUUUACAGCCAGUCAAUUUCUAUCUAGUAAUUCUAUUGCAUGGCAAAGUAUAUACAAAGUGUUUAAAAAUACACUAGCAGGUCUUGAAUAUAAUCGCUUUACCUAAAAUGGAAUCACGACAGUGAAUGCAGCGAAAUGUGUUUACAACUUUACAAAAAAUUGAUUAACAGUGAUCGUGAUUUUUGCCUACUGCUCUCUUUUAUUGGAAGCAAAUGCCCUUCAAGUUUCAUUCCUGAAAAUACUUUGAUUUAAAUCACGCGAAAAUUAAGAGUUAGGUGAAAAAUGAUUAAUUAUUUGCGAACCGUAAAUUUUGUUAGAAUUUGCUCUCUUGAAUAGUUGUGUUUUGCUAGCAACGUGUUUGAGGAAAAUAUCAAAAUGUCAUCAAAUGCAUAUCGAGUUUGGUAUGAAACGGCUUAAAGUCUCAUGCGUCCGAUUUUCUAUCGUCCGACGAAUUCAAAGUGUUUCUAACGUGCAAAAUUUUACUUUUAUUCGAUGUAUGGGUGACCUUAUUUCCACUGAACUUUUGCCAUUUUUUGCCAUUUAAUGUUUGCAAAUGUUUGAUUACAACAUUUUCAGAGACCGGUUUUUAAUCUUCUUCUGAUCUCCCCGUCUCGCCGUCUCCUUAUCAACGUUGGCGAUCCAAAUGGCCACUGUGGUUUUGCAAACCGCUGCUCGGAAAAUCUCUGUGGAUAUGCGGUGUUCACUAAGCUGCAAAAAAUUAGGAUUCCGGAGGAUUUUGAUGAAACUUUCACCAUCUUUAGAGACAAGUGUCCUCUAAAUUUGGUAACAUUAAAAUCGCUACGUUAGUUUAGAAGAUGCAAAUUUUGAAAGAAAAGAGCGCAGUUGAGUGCAAACUUACAUUUUGAAAUCGGAUUUAGUACACUGAUAACUACCAGUAAAUUCUCUACUAUUUUUAUGAAACUUUGCCCAUCUGUUUAGUCAAGUAUCUUCUAACGAUGCUGAGAUGUUUGAAUCGCUACUUGCUUUAGGUUGAAAGUUGCGAAUUUUGAAAGAAACGAAAGCAAUUGAAGGAAUUGAUCCAUUUUGAGAUCGGUAUUUAAUAUUAUUAUAUUAUUAAGUAUUAAACUGCUAGCAAUCAAAAGAUUCCGGAAGAUUUUUAUAAGACCCUAGGCAUCUUUAAUUAAGUGUCCUUUAAAGAUGGUAAUAGUUUGGAAUCCGUACUUGCGUUAGUUUGGCAGAUGCGAAUUUUGAAAGGAAGGAGCGCAGUUGAGUGAAAAGAUCCAUUUUUAAAUCUCUAUUUAGUAAACUGGAAACAAUCAGAAUUUAGGACGAUUUCUAUGAAACUCUGGCCAUCUGUAGAGUCAAAUAUCUUCUAACGAUGGUGAAAUUUUGGAGUCGCUACUUGCUUCAGUUUGAAAGAUGCGAAUUUUGAAAGAAACGAAGGCAUUUGAAUGAAAACAUCCAAUUUGAGAUCGUUAUUUAAUAAACUGCUAGAAAUCAGACGAUUACGGGCGAUUUUUAUGAAACUUUGGACAUCUGUAGAGCCGCGUGUUUUCUAAAAAUGAUCAGAUUUUCAGAUCGCUACUUUAGAUAGUUCGGAAGAUGCGAAUUUUUAGAAGGAACAGCGCGCUAGAGGGAAACAACUAUUUUGAAAUCCGCAUUUAUCGGAGUUGUACAAAAAUCAAUGUUACUGGCAAUUUUAAUAAACGUUUUUCCUUUUGUAGAGUCAAGUGUCUGCUAAAGAUAGGCAAAUUUUCAAAGCGCUAGAUUCCAAACCGCAUGCAUGAGACUUCAACUUUAACGAUCGGAGAUUGCGAUUUUCAAUACGCAUUUUUUUUUGUUUGUUUUUUGAUGAAAAAUUUCGAAAAAACCAUCAAUUGGGGACAACAAAUGUUUGAUACCAUUGAUUUCCAAAGACUUUUUUUAAACCGGUAAACGAUUCGAUCCUACAAGGCGCUGAAGAAAUCUUCAAUAAGACCCUUUUUUAGUUUUGCAGUCCACUGAACGCUUCUUAGAACCCACUUGAAUUGCUUGUGCGAUUUACAAAUGUUUACGUCUUUUGCCGUUUUUUGCCUCUAAUAUUUUACGAGCAAGAAAUGUUUGUGCUGUGAAAAGAAAGCGUUAAUUCGAUUAUUUAUCGGCCGUAGCGCAAAUUAGUAGUACACCAUAUUAAUUUAAGCCCGAAAAAAACGUUUGCUCAAUACAUGCGGAAACUAAGUAAAAAAUCUAAAAUCUGAGAGUUGUAAACCCGAUAAUCUAACUUAGAGAAGUGCAGGAAUUGUUUCAUUUUUUUCGUUUUGCUCGAAAACUCUAAGAGUUGCACAAGACCCAGCUCGCAAAUCAAUAAAUUAAUUUUAUUUUCAAGGCACUUUUAAUAAAAAAAAUUUCUACACCCUGUAAACCGGUAAAAAAUCUAGUUUUUUUAAACACUCUGUAUAUAUGUAGGUAAUCCAGUUAAGCUAUAUGAGUAUUACGUUGUAUUAACGAAAAUAGUAUAAUAUUGUACAUACCUCACAUAUCCUCUACUUCGAUAAUAAUAGUUAGACAAAUUUGGUAUAUUUUUUUAAUGCUGUAAAUAGGUUUUACGUAUUCUUUGGAAACUUUUACUCUCGAAUCGAAUGGUGUAUUGAGACUUAAACGAGCCAAAAGCAGUCAAUGAGCGGGUUAUUAAAGAUGAAGGUUCUUCUGGAUGUUUGUGCCAUUUGGCGGAUAUUUCCAUGAAGGCUCGUUUGAAAUCUUGUACACAUUGAUUAAGCAUAUCAUGUGAUCUAUACAAGGUAGUGCCUCUAUUGUGAUCAGAACGUGUUUUAUUAUUAGUUGACUAAGACAGUACGUUAACUAUAUCUUCACUACGUUCUAUUUAAACAUGUUCCUUUUCCAUCGAAUUUGCGUUGAUAAUAUCAAGGUAAUUACUUAACGAGGGCAGUAAUAUCGAUUUGCUCAUUAAUCCGGGUAGGUUAAGUGAAACGAAAAAAUUUGAUGUUAUCAACUGUUUUUUUGAUCAAACAUUCCAUUUAAAUUUAGCCAAUGUCCAAAAUACUUGGCAAAACCCAGUCAAACGGUGGCUUUGGACAUCGCAAGUUUAGACCUGUUAAAUUUUAAGAAUGAUUGUUUUCAAUGCAAGAUUUUAAUGUUAGAAAUGAAUGUUCAGUUUUUAAAUAAAAGCCAUC